AUGGGGGAUAGGGAGUUGUUGCGUUUUAAAGUUGGAGAAAUAUCGGUUAGAAUAUGCGCCCUAUACGAAAAAUGUGCUGGAACUUACGAAGUCAAUUAUUGCCAAUCCUAUUACAACAUACGAAAUAUAGAAGUAUCUCAAAAACAUAUCGAAACUCAAGAAAAGAAACAUUCAAAGUUUCGUAAAAGUGUGGUAACUCAACUGGAGAAAUACUGCGAAAACACCACUUUACAUGGCUUGAGAUACGUAGGGGAUUCCCAUUUAACCAUUGGUGAAAGGAUUUUCUGGUUUAUUUCAUUUUCCCUGGCCAUCAUCUUUGCAUCGUACUACAUUUCCAACAUCUAUGCAAAAUGGAAGUCCAGUCCUGUCAUCAUCAGUUUCAGUCCUUUCGAUGCGGAAUUGAGUUCGAUUCCCUUUCCAGCCAUCACUAUUUGUAAUAUGAAUCAAGCCAAGAAGAGCGAAGCAGAAAGGAUUCUUAAAGAAGGAUCAAGUAUUGAAAGAAAACUAUUAGACGAUUCUAAUGGAAACACGUCUUUUGAUAAUUCCGAAAAUAUCAGCUGGGAAUCCCUAAGAGAUUUUCUAGUAAAAGUUGGCAGUUCCUGUGCCGAUAUGUUGCAUUCCUGUCAAUGGGGCAGCGAAAAAUUGGACUGUAAUGAUGUGUUUAAUAACGACUUGACCGACGAGGGAUUGUGUUGUUCUUUUAACAGACUACCACCUGAAAAGAUUUUUAGGAAUUCAAAAGAUAUCAGUAUAUUAAACCAAACUUAUCCCAGUAAUGUAUACGACUGGAAUCCAGAAACAGGGUUUACUGAAGCAGACACAGGAGACUCUAUUCCAAGAAGACCAUUAGGUGCUGGAGCACAUUUAGGUCUAUCAGUUAUUUUGGAUGCUAAUAUCGAAAACUAUUAUUGUUCUUCAACACAUAGCACUGGUUUUAAGGUUAUACUUUCAAACCCUAUUGAGACUCCGAAAAUGGCCGAUUACGGUUUUCUAAUAAGUCCAGGAUUUGAAACUAGGAUUUCUAUCGAUCCUUCUGUAAGAGAA